GGUUACAUCGUAACUGUUUUUAGUUUUGUUAUUUGUAAUUUUGUAUAGUUAAAACAAGGUAAAAAGCUUAGAAUUAAAACAAAUUAAAUCUUUCUCAUAGAAAUAUAUCUUUGUUGUAGUUCUAAAUUCUAAUAUUGGUAUUUUCCCAGUAUCACGACGUGUGUUGUUGCUGUAAUAUAAAAGGUUAUAAAAUAUUUUUCUUUCAAGUAAUGUCUUCUAAUAAUUUGUCGCAAUCUGAGUAUUCUCCAUCAGACCUUGAUAGCCCUCAACCGUUAAACCACGGAGAUAUAAAGCACAGCCUUGAUAAGUCUUUAAAGAACUCUCAUAACGAAAUGCACGCAAAAAGAAUACAAAGUUUACGCAAAGAACUUGAAUAUUUAAAAGCAACUGAAUGGAAAUUUGAGCAUGGAAAAGGACUCUCUCAGUGAUGUGAUAAAUUAGGACGUAUAUGUUAAUCUAAGCUUUAAAAUUUUUAAACUUCUCUUAAUUUUUUUUCACAAUGUGGUCAUAUUUGAUCUCACUUUAUAAUUAUUUUACUAAGGCAACCAAUAGUGAUGAUGAUGAAGAGAAUGAUAACAGGGAACAGUUUUUAUUGGAUAAUUUGUUUGACUUAUCAAUACAAGCUGAGAGUGAAGAGCUAUGUAAUGAAAAUAUAGAAGAAACACAAAUACCAAGAGAUGCUGUUUGUUUUCAGAAAACAGGAGUGGUAUCAUUCUGUGAAGAAAACUAUGUACUAAUAGAUGGUACAUUGUACUUUGAUAUCACAUCUUGCUCAAUAAAUUUAAAUGUUAAUGACAAGAUACUGUAUCUUUGUUAUGAAAACACUAAUGGUUCGGUAAAAGUUGUAAGAAUACUGGAAAAUCAAGGGAUAUGUUGGGAUGGAGAAGACCUUAGCGAUGAGCAGUGUUUUAAUGUGAUUGAGCACAUUAUUAUUGGCCAAGUUGAAUACAGACAAGACCGUAAUGUUUUCAUAUCUGAUAGUGAUCUUAAGUUUAGCUUGGAUGAUGUGAAAGGUGUGUUUAUACCCAUACAAGGAGAUUGGUUAGAAAUGAAAUGUACUAUACAGCAAAAGACUGAUGAAUUAACAGAUGUAUCCACAAAACAGGUAGUCAAUGUACUGUCAUUUAAUGCUGUUCGCAGUAAGAUAAAAAGUGCUAAGAUCACAGAAUGGUCUGGUGAUCAUGGCACACUUGAUUGGAAAAUCUUUUUCAGUAACAACACAGUUAUGAAUGAAUUUAACAUACAAGUUGGAUCAAAGGCAAUGGUUGAAGCAAUAGAAAGUACUCAAGGCAGUUUAAUGUGGAGGGCAAUAAAACUAAUAAUACUAGACUCUGAACCAGAAUUGCAACCAAAAGAAAAGACUGAAGAAUUUAGCACAGUUAAUUUGGAGGAUGAAAAAAUGAUUAAAAUGACAUUUCCACUUAAAUUUGACAAAAUCAAUAUCAAUAAUGACGACAAAAUUGAACUGAAUAUUACAAAUAAUAGUGAUCAGCUUUACCAGCUUAACAAAUGGAUUAUAUUAAGUAAGAAAAGAGAUUCUCAAGUUACUAUAAAACCUUUCAUUAGCCAUCCUCAAAAUUUGUACCCAACACAAACUAUCUCAUUCACAAUUAAGUGUCAGCCAAAAUUUCUAGGAGAAACAAAAGAACAGUUAGUAAUUUUAUUUAGAGGCUUCCAAUUAAAGAGGUUAAUUGAGAUUAAUGUAGUUGAUGAUUACACACCUUCUAGUUCUCUAGUCGUUCAUAAUGGCUAUUGUAAGACUGAAGAAAACAUUGAUAAAAUGAUGAAGAUAAGAAAAAAUAAUGAACCAUUUAUUCCUGGUGUAAAAAUGCGUAGGGCUGCGAAUUUUGUUAGUGUAAAAAUUGGACAAUACACUGUUCCAGACAAAAUAUGGUCAGCAGUUCUUGGUAAUUCAGAGCAGACAAUUUAUGGUAACGAUUAUGGGAAAAUAAUUUCAAGAAUUCAAGUUAAGUUGCCAUGCUUGUUACAAGAGUUAAGCAUGACAAACUAUAAUGAUAAAAUGCAUACUCUGGUGCACAUGGAGGAAAUCCAGGCAAAUAUAAAUCUAAGAGUGUAUGAUAUACAAAAAGCUUUUCUAAUUAGAUGUAAUGAAUACCUUGGUGUUGAAAUUAAAGGAUUAUGUGAAAGGCGACCUUCACUCAUAGUGGGUGAUCGAGUUAUUGUUAAGGACAUGUGGAAAGAAAAUAACCCUCAAUUUGAGGGAUUUAUACAUUUAAUAAAAGGUGAUUUAGUUCUGAUCAAGUUUAAUCCACAAUUUCAUGAGAUUUAUGGUGGCAGUGAUGUCUCAGUAGAGUUUCAUUUGAGUAGAACUGUGUAUAGAAGGUUUCACCAUGCAAUAAACCAAGUUAUAUCUAAUUUGGGACCAGAUGUUUUAUUUCCAUCCAGGCUGCAAAUAAGCCCACCCCAAGUCAGCAGUGAUAAGAUUGAAAACAUUCAAUGGUACAAUGAAAAGCUAAAUAGUGGCCAAAGAAAUACAAUAGUAAAUAUUCUAAGAGGAGAAUGUCGUCCGAUGCCAUACAUCAUAUUUGGCCCACCUGGCACUGGUAAAACUGUUACAGUUGUAGAAACUGUUCUGCAGCUAUUGAAAAAUAUACCAGAAAGCCGCUUACUUAUUGCAACACCAUCAAAUAGUGCUUCAAAUAUAAUCACGGAGAGGCUUAUUGAAUAUAGAGAAAAGUUUUCAGGAUCAACUGUUCGUCUAAUAGCAAACUACUUGGUGAGCUCUGAAAAUAUACCAGACAAAAUAAAACCUUACUGUGCUACAAUAGACAUAGCGAAGGAAAAUUCAUCAAAAUCUAAUCAUUUUAUUAAGGACAAGAUGAACCUUAAUUGUCAAAAGUCUUACAUUGGUAGACACAGAGUAACAAUAGCAACUUGCAAUUGUGUUGGUGCCCUCUAUUAUAUGGGAUUUCCUAAAGGCCAUUUCACACAUAUUUUAAUCGAUGAAGCUGGCCAAGCACUUGAGCCUGAAAUUAUGAUUCCAUUGAGCUUUACUGAUAAGAAUAAUGGACAAGUAAUUCUUGCUGGAGACCCUAUGCAGCUUGGACCUGUGGUUCUGUCAAAAUAUUGCAAAGAAUUUGGUUUAGAUAUAUCAUUUUUGUGUAGAUUAUUAGAAACAUUCCCAUAUCAGAAGGAUUUUAGCUCUUUUAAGGAUGGGUUUGAUGGAAGACUGGUUACAAGAUUGGCUGAAAAUUAUAGAUCUGUACAAGGGAUCCUAGAAUUACCCAGUAAAUUUUUUUAUGAUUGCACACUUAUAAGGAAGUUUGAUCCUGACAUAACAUGGAUGACAAAACUGGUAGAUGCGACUUGUAAAGUUUUCAAUAUAAGUGAGGACAGAUCAGGUGGAAUAUUUGUUCAUGGCAUCAUAGGCAGGAAUACUAGGGCUGAAGACAGUCCAUCAUGGUACAAUCCUCAGGAAGCAUCUAUGGUGGCCUUGACAACAUGUAAAUUGUACAAAGAUGAUGUUAAAGCUGAAGAAAUUGGUAUUAUAGCUCCAUACAUUGCACAGAUUAAAUAUAUCAGGCUGGUAUUUGAUUCCAUGGGCUUACCACAGCCAAAAAUAGGAACUGUUGAAGAGUUUCAAGGACAAGAGAGACCAAUUAUUAUUAUUUCAACAGUGAGAUCCACAGAGUUAUACUUGCAAGAUGAUGUGAAGCAUACUUUGGGAUUUGUGCAAAAUCCAAAACGAUUAAAUGUUGCAUUGACAAGAGCACAAGUUUCCCUUAUACUAUUUUGCAAUCCACAUUUGUUAUGUAAAGACCAUCUUUGGAAGAGUGUCAUAGAAUAUGCAGUUGAGAAUAAUAAAUACAUGGGUUGUCAUUAUCCUUAAGUUUAAGAAAAUAUUACUUAUACUACAGUAUUAAAAUGUAAAAAAAAA